AUGGAAGAGGUGGAUUCGAAAACGAAUCAACAAUAUUUGCGAUCCAUCAUAAUACAUUCAUUAGAUAAUUUCAAUUAUAAGAAUGCCGAAUUUGCUGGUGAGAGAUUGUUAGCUAUCGAUAACGAUGACUUGGACUCAAUAUAUUUGUACUCGUUGACUUUAUUUAGACAGGAUAAAUUCAAAUCAUGUCAUAAUCGACUCGUGAGACUGUUAUCAGUCAAUCACAUUGGUUGCUCCUUUUUGUUUGCGAGAUGUUGUUUACAUUUGAAAAGAUAUAAAGAGGGAAUAUAUCAGCUAUUGAAGGUGAGCCAUCUUUUCAGUGACUCUGCGUUAGGACUGUCUCCUAAUUCGACUGCGUUUGUGACACCGCAACAAAGGUAUAAUUACGAACACUCAAGAUCAGUGUAUCCAGACUCUUCAACAAUAUACCAUACCUUGGGCGAAUUAUAUAAGGGAAUAGGGGAUGUGAAAAAUAGUUCAUUAAAUUACUCGUUAUCGCUUAAACUAAAUCCAUUUAACUUUGAAGCUUUUCAGGAGUUGUGCAAAUUAGGGGUUAAUGUUAAAGUGAAAGCAUUGUAUAAAUUCUGCAAUGACAAUAAUAACUCAAAUUUUGAAAGCGAGGCUCUGAAAUUCAAACAGUCUUCUGAUUUGUACCUGUUAUCUAAUCCUUUCGCCAAUAAUGCAACUAAUGACUUGUUACAUCCCGAUGAUACUUUUAAUACUUCCUUGGCUACUCCCAGAUUAAAACCUGUCUCCAUCCCGGAUGCACCUUUAAGGAGAUCAAAUACUAACACAUUCAGUGGGAAGUCUACUGAGUUUAGCAAGCCUAAUGAUUCCUUGGAUAAGAGCUUGCGACGCGAAAGCACAUAUUCAAAAAUCACAUCAAGAUUGAUUUCUCAGCCUAACUCUAAUAAAGGAAGUGAUUCUAUAAACAACAUAAGCGGCAGUAAUAAUAACCAAAAGCCUGUGAUGCGAUCUGGCUUGAAGAGAAAUAGUUCAAGCUCAUUUGUUCCCACAAGCAAUAAUGAUAAGCAUAAUAUGUCGAUGAGCAUUAUGGCAAGUAAAGAUAUAGAAUGCAGCGACAGGGCUCUCAUCCUGUUGUAUUUAAUUUUUGCGAAAGCGUACAAGUGCUUGAGUAAGUAUGACUGCUUCAAGGCUAUCCGAAUAUUAGAGGCAUUACCUGUCUCAGAAAAGGACACUCCGUGGGUCCUCAGUAGCUUGGGAAGGCUACAUUAUGAAAUCGUCAACUACAAACAGUCAGAAUAUUAUUUUGUCCAGUUACGUAAACUAGAUAGGACUAGAUUACAGGACAUGGAAUACUAUUCCACGUUACUUUGGCAACUACAUAAAAAGGUCGAACUAACGUAUUUAGCGAAUGAGCUUCAUGAUUUAGAUGCCAAUUCACCAAUAACUUGGUGUGCAAUAGGAAACCUUUUUUCUUUAAUACGAGAACCAGAUGAAGCUAUCAAAUGUUUCAAUAAAUCUAUUAAGAUUGGUGAGAAUUUUACAUAUGCUUACACGUUAAGAGGGCACGAAUACUUCGGUUGUGAUAAUUAUGAAAUGGCCUUGGAAAGCUUUCGUAUUAGUCUUUUGAUAGAUUCAAGGCAUUAUAAUGCAUUGUACGGCAUAGGAAUGGUGUAUAUUAAUUUAGGAGACUAUCAAAAAGCCGACUAUCAUUUCCGAAAAGCUGUCUCCAUAAAUCCUAUAAACAUAAUUUUAAUAUGUUGUGCUGGUAUGGUUCUAGAAAAGCUAGGUAAGAAAAACAUGGCUUUAAGGCAAUAUGAGUUAGCUAAUAAGUUACAGCCUUUGAACCCCCUACCCAUGUUCAAGAAAGCCCAAUUAUUGUUCUCAAUGCAGAAAUUUCCCCAAGCUCUUAAAUACUUCGAGAUCUUAAAAGAUUUGGCACCUGAUGAAGCUUCCGUGCAUUUCUUACUUGGUCAAUUGUAUAAUAUUCAAAACGAUAAGUACCAAGCCAUAAGAGAGUUCACCAUUGCGUUGAAUCUUGAUCCUAAAGGAAACUAUUUGAUAAGGGAAGCGAUGGAAUCUUUGAAAGAGAAAUAA